AUGUAUAUACAAUAUAGAUUAUUCAGUGAGAAGAGUCUCUGGAGGCUUCUUGAAAUUAAAAAGAAUGAUAAUUACAUAUUUGUGAGCGAGUUAAAAAGUAUUUUGUGUAAACAGAGUAAUAUAAAUUACAACAACAAAAUAGAUAUUUGUUUUUCUGUUUAUAAAGAGGGAGACGAUUUUGAGGACGAUGGAAAUGGUAAUAAUAACAAUAACAACAACAAUAAUAAUAAUAAUAAUAGUAAUAAUAGUAAUAAUAAUAAUAAUAAUAAUAAAGAUGAGGUGAGUGAUGAAGGGAAUAAAAACAGUUUGUUAUUUUACAACAAAUCUGUUUACGGAAAUAUAAAUAAUAAUAGUAAUGAUAAUAGUUAUAAUAAUAAUGAAAAGAAUAUUAAUUUUUUAAAUAAUGAUGAUAAGAUUUAUAGUGGUACAAAGAUAUUAAUUCAUAGACAAGUUAAAAAAAAGAAUAAUGUAACAGAUGUUAUUACGCAUAAAGCAAAAAAAGAAAUAAUUAUAAAUGCUGAAGAAAAACAGAAAAUAAAUAUUCCACAAGAAUUUUUAUGUAAAUUAUGUAAUUAUCUUUUAUUAGAAUCUUAUAUUAUUGUUUGUAAUAAUAAUUGUGGUUAUUCGGUAUGUAGAAGUUGUUUAUUAUUUUAUAUUUUAAAUUGUGUAAUAAAAGAGAACGAGAAAAAAAUGAACUAUAUAGAUAUUAACAUGCUGAAUAGUGAUAAUAUAAUAAAAUGUCCAAUAUGUCAAGGUAUAUUAAAGUAUGGUAUCUUAAAUAAAAAAAUGGAGUUAACAAUAAAAAAGUUUGUUGAUGAAAGAAAGGAUAUUGAUUCUUAUAAUUUAUCCAUCGAAGAAAGAAAUAAUAGAUAUAUAAAAAUACUUGAUAGAUUAAAUAUAGAAAAUAUUGAUCAUUUAUCUAUUGACAAAAAAAAUAAAAAAAGUUUUUUCGAGAAUCAUAUAUUUAAACAUAUCGAACAAAAAUAUAUUCAUUCACUUAAAACUCAGGAUAACAAAAAUGUUCAUGAAAAAAAUGAAGAACCAAAAUUAAUAAACCACUUUUUAUAUCUUAUGGAUAAUUAUAAAUUAAACUGUAUUAAGGAAUAUGGAAUGUUAUAUGUAGAUUUUAAUAAUUAUAUAUUUGAUUCUAUACAAAAGAUUAACGUGAAGUGUAUCUACGAGCAGCAAAUAAAUGAAAAUAAAAAUGAAGACGCUGUAGAUAUACAUAUUGAUGAUGAUACUUAUAAGAAUAUGCAUUCAUCAUUAAUAAAGGAUAAUAUGAAUGACCAUCACCAUGAUAAUUCUACUAAUCAUAAUGUAGAUGUUAGUUUAGGUGUGGAUCAUGUAAAGAGGGAAUUAAAUCAGAACAGCUUGCUCAAGGUGAAGGUAAAGAGUGAGGAAUAUGAAGAAUCAAGUGUGAAGGGAGAUACAAAAGAUCACUUUAAUUAUCUUAAUAUGUUUAAAAAUAUGUCUAGUUAUCUUACCGGUAGGGUUGAUGAUGAUAAAGGUGAAGGUAUGGUAAGGGUUAAAGAGGAGGAUCCUGGAGAAGUGAAUAAUAUAAAUGAUGAUAAUAAUGUGGAAAAAAAUAAUAAUAUGGAAUAUAAAAAUAAUAUGCAAAAAAAUAACAAUAUGGAAAAAAAUAAUAAUAUGCAAAAAAAUAAUAAUAUUCAAAAAAAUAACAAUAUGGAAAAAAAUAACAAUAUUCAAAAAAAUAACAAUAUGGAUAAGGGGAUAGAGGAGGUAGAUGAGUUUAACGAAUGUAUGUAUAACAAAACCAAAACGUAUAUCAUACCAAUAUCCUUUGUAGGUGGAGAAACGUCUUAUAGUUUGAUAGGUAUAUAUGUAGUUAAAGAUUUAUAUAUGAGGGGUGAUGAAAAAACAAAGGACACGUUAUAUAAUAAUAUGCCCUCUACAAGUAGUUGUUUGUUAAAUAGAGGUAACAAUAACAAUGUUGGGGAUUCAUUUGUUGAAUCCUUUUUACAGAAAUGGUUUCAUUAUGAAUAUAUGAACGAGAAGAAGGUGGGUAAUAUAUUUGAAAAGCUAAAGAGUGGUAAUAUUUUUAAUGUGGAGUGUAUUAAUAAAUAUGAGAAGACAUGUUUUUUUCCAGCAAGAAAACAGCCUAUAUAUACAAUAAUAAAUACAAAAAGACAGAAAACGAAAAAGAAAACAAAUAUAGAAAUUGGUUUGGAUUUUAAAAAAUUUAAAGAUGUCGUAUUAAGUGUUGAUAAUUAUAUUAAAUAUGGUAGUAGACCAACGAAUUAUGAACCUCGAAAAGAAAAGAUACAAGGGGUAAAUAUGAGUGCACCAAAUAACAAUAAUAAUAAUAAUAUGGAGAUAAAUGAAAAUGAUAAUGUCGGAAAAGAACACGAAACAAAUAUUAGGGAAAAUUUAUUUCAUGAAGAAAAGGAUACGUUACAUAAUUUAGUAGACAUACAAAAUGAACAGGAUGAUUUAUUAACAUGUUCAAUAAAUUUGCAACAUCAUUUUAAAGAUAUAUAUGAGACAUUAUAUGAUACAAGUAUAAUACCUAUUUCUAUUAAUAACAAUUUUAAUGUUCAUAAUCCUUAUGUAAAUUAUUGUGCUUUACUUCCAUUUCUUACAAAAGAGGAUUUUUAUUUAUUUAGGAAACUACAACGAAUAUAUAAAGAAAAAUAUUUAAAAAAACUCUACAAACAUGUUAAACAAAAUAAUCUAAAUAUGAAUAUUUUUCUUAAUGCAAUCAACGCUAUGUAUUUUGCUACAAUGAAAAAGGAUUAA